AUGGGACUCUCUGAUGUCCAGCUCCAGCUGGUGCUGCUGUGGGCACUGGUGUGGGCACAGAGGGCAGGGUCUGUGUGUCCCUCCUGUGGAGGCCCCACACUGGCACCCCAAGCAGAAAGAGCUCUGGUCCUUGAGCUAGCCAAGCAGCAGAUCCUCGAAGGGCUACACCUGACCGGUCGUCCCAUAAUAACUCAUCCUCUACCCCAGGCAGCGCUGACCAGAGCCCUCCGGAGACUGCAGCGGGGAAGUGUGGUUCCAGCGAAUGGGGAGCAGGUCAUCAGCUUUGCUGCCAUCACAGACUCCUCCGCCUCCACCUGCAGCUGCACGCUCACCUUCUACCUGUCCACGCCUCGGUCCCACCACCUGUACCACGCUCGCCUCUGGCUGCAUGUGCUUCCCACCCUUCCUGGCACUCUUUCCUUGAGGAUUUUCCGAUGGGGCCCUAGGAGGAGACGCCGAGGGUCCCACGUCCUCCUGGCUGAGCACCAACUGACGGCCCCGGGCUGGCACGCCCUGACUCUGCCCUCUAGUGGCUUGAGGCAUGAGGAGUCUGGUGUCUUGAAACUCCAACUGGACUGCAGACCGCUAGAAGGCAACAGCACAGCUGCCCCCCAAACUCAGCAGCUCCUGGACACAGCGGGAGAGCAGCGGCCCUUCCUGGAGCUGAAGACCCGGCCCAAAGAGCCUGGAGCAGGCCGGGCCAGGAGGAGGACCCCCAGCUGUGAGCCUGAGACCCCCUUAUGCUGUAGGCGAGACCAUUAUGUAGGCUUCCAGGAACUGGGAUGGCGGGACUGGAUCCUGCAGCCUGAGGGGUACCAGCUGAAUUACUGCAGUGGGCAGUGUCCCCCGCACCUGGCUGGCAGCCCAGGCAUUGCUGCCUCCUUCCAUUCUGCUGUCUUCAGCCUCCUCAAGGCCAACAACCCUUGGCCCUUGGGUACUUCCUGUUGUGUCCCUACUGCCCGAAGGCCUCUCUCUCUCCUCUACCUUGACCGUGAUGGCAACGUGGUCAAGACAGAUGUGCCAGAUAUGGUGGUAGAGGCCUGUGGCUGCAGCUAG